CUCGGAACCUUUCGGAAAGGAAAUCGUCGAGAAGAACGCGAAGCUCGCCAAGUUUGCCCGCACCGAGGCGUGAUUCGUUCUGCAGUGCGUGCGUCGAGUCGAAGCGUCGGCCGCUUGAGUGGCGUCAGUGGUCCGUGGCCCCCUUUUUCGGCGCGUAUAGUGUGUGUGUUUCGGCGGAAGCCGUCGGCUAGCGAGCAGCGGCAGCAGCAGCAGCUUUCUCAAGGAGCGCUCGGCAGCGGCGUCAGCCAGCAGCGUGGCCUGAUUUCGCGGCUUUAGACUGAAAACAGCGAACGAGGACAGCUUUCAAGAUGUGGGCGGCGUGGAGUAGCUGAAGAUUGGUGUGAAUUGCGAGUGCAUGUGCUAGUGGCGCGCGGCCAGUGAUUGACUUGGACUGACCGACUGACUAGACUCAGCAAGGUUGGACAUUAUUUUUUACUUGUGAACUCGAGGCUUACUGAUGGACAAACGAAAGAUGCUUCCGAAAAGACCACGAAUGGACGCCUCGCGUAUGGGACCCAUCGCCAACGGCCCGAUGCAGACCCGGCCUCUAGUCGCGCUGCUCGACGGCCGAGACUGCUCCAUAGAGAUGCCUAUCCUUAAAGACGUCGCCACCGUGGCCUUUUGUGAUGCCCAGUCAACGUCUGAAAUCCACGAAAAGGUGCUGAACGAGGCUGUGGGAGCUUUGAUGUGGCACACGAUCAUAUUAACAAAAGAAGAUUUAGAAAAGUUCAAGACGCUGCGCAUCAUCGUCCGAAUUGGUAGUGGCGUUGACAACAUUGACGUUAAGGCUGCUGGCGAGCUGGGCAUCGCAGUGUGCAAUGUGCCGGGAUACGGCGUGGAGGAGGUGGCUGACACGACUCUUUGCCUGAUACUCAACCUCUACCGACGCACUUACUGGCUGGCUAACAUGGUGCGUGAGGGCAAGAAGUUCACUGGGCCUGAGCAGGUGCGCGAGGCCGCACAGGGCUGCGCUAGAAUACGAGGUGACACCCUCGGCAUUGUGGGACUGGGCCGUAUCGGCUCUGCUGUCGCCCUCAGAGCAAAGGCUUUUGGAUUCAACGUUAUUUUCUACGAUCCUUACCUCCCCGACGGCAUUGAAAAGUCGCUUGGACUCACCAGGGUCUACACGCUCCAGGAUCUUCUGUUCCAAUCUGACUGCGUGUCCUUGCACUGCACCCUGAACGAGCAUAACCACCACCUCAUCAAUGAAUACACCAUCAAGCAAAUGCGUCCGGGAGCUUUCCUCGUCAACACUGCCAGAGGCGGGCUUGUCGAUGACGAGGCUCUUAGUGCCGCUCUCAAGCAGGGCCGCAUCAGAGCAGCUGCCCUGGACGUGCACGAGAACGAGCCGUUCAAUGUGUUCACUGGCCCUCUAAAGGAAGCUCCGAACCUGUUGUGCACGCCGCACGCGGCGUUCUACUCUGAUGCGUCGUGCACGGAGCUGCGCGAGAUGGCCGCCAGCGAGAUCCGGCGGGCCAUCGUUGGCCGCAUCCCUGACAGCCUUCGAAACUGUGUCAACAAAGAGUACUUCCUGAACACAGGCUACCCCGAGGGCGUGAACGGUGGCUUCUACAGCAGCGGCGCGCUGCCUGUGCAGCAGGCCCACUCGACCACCACUCAUGAAGUGCCCCACUCCGUGGCCGCAGCCGCCGCUGCUGCCUCGGCCGCUGCCGUCGUCCCCGGAAUUCCACAGCACCUUGUUAGUACUCCUCCUAUCAGCACACCGGACCCGUCGAACCACCACUCAACCAAGGCCGAGUCGUCCGAGGCCGUGCACUAACUGCCAGUGCCAACCACCCCACGUGAGACAAGAAUGACAGACAUGGCCGACUCGCAACAUUCAAAACGGACAGAAUCCGUCUCACGCGAUGCCAGUGCUUAAACCUCUGACGCGUCCCGGUCCUCCCUCGUCUCUCGGACGACCGGCACGACUACCCACAAGUACAAAACCGGGGAAUAAGUAGAUUUUCGAUAUAACGGAAGCUGCUUUUGCUCUUGGAUGUGGAGUUAGAGAAGUGGUGGUGUGUUGAAUUACGACAGCAAAUAGGAGUGAAGCAUCCCAUGAACUAACAGUGCUCACGAUCGUUCAUACGGGAGGAAAGACUUGCGGAACUGAGCGACCGCGAUGGCGUGUGUGUUUGAGCAACCUUUCGCAAAGGCCAUGUAACUACAAUUAUCGAAGAGGACGAUUGAUUAUUUUUUUCAUCAUCCUUAAAGUUAGUCUUAACACUGAUAAUAUAACUACGGUAACGCAUACAACAUAAGAAUCAUUAUAUAACGACGUAAAAUUACACAAAAAAAAAAACAUAAAUCGUAAUUUAGUGCAGUUGAAGAUGAUGCGGGAUGAAGAUGAAGACGAUGUUAAAGGGAAUGAUGACGACGAUAAAGUUGAUUAAUUAAUUUGCAUUAUUGUAACAAUAUUAUUAGACACUACGUAAUGGCAACCUCGUCAUGUAUGAUUUGAACCUUUCGUCACGCAAGCAAACGGAAAACCCAGCACCACUCAAAUCAGAGCAUAUUGCCGGCAGCAAAGCGGAUUUGUUGUCCUUUAAUUCACCUUCCAAACAACGUCCGAGGCACUGUGCUGCCCAUUUUGGCUAAAAAAAUAUAAGGAUUUGUUAAAACUGAACUAGCUUCAAUGGUUAUAGGGUUUGUGGCAUAAAAUAACAGUUAAGAAAAUUUCUCCUUUAACACUGCGUCCCCCACACUCUUGUCUUUUAUAUAUAAAAACAUAUCGGCCCGUGGUCGUGCCAUUUUUGCAGUGGCCCUGGAAAACAAACAAAUUCUUACCUUGUGUCUUGGAUUGUGAUUGCAACAGUGGAAAAUCAGUAAAUGGUUCCGAAUUUUCACAAAGUGUGCCGAGUUUGAUUUGUGUAAAUAUCAAAAUGGAGAUUCUAAGGUUUUUCAGGUGACUUAAGUCCCCCAAAGGAUUUCUUUGUACCCACUCAAUAGAUUUUUAUUUGAAAUUUUACAAUUUUUGCAUAAUUUCGCAACUAGGCUGUGAAAAUUUGGAACCAGAAAUGAAGCAGGUAUUAAUUAGAAUUGUUUUGUUUUGGCCUGCUACAGUAUUAAACAAACACUACUUAUUAGAGCAGGACAAUUAUUCCCGUGAACACUAAGAUUGCCUGCCAAAAUCGCGCAUGGCUUGCUACGACUUUCCAAUUUGCCCAGGCGGUAGCACGCAGUGUCUUUUUUUAUUCAUUUUGGCAGUCGAUCCGAGUAAAUAAUGUCCGAAACUUUUAAAUUAGCUGGCGGAAGGCAUCUAUCCGAUCCUAACACUUGAAUACUUUUGAAACCUCUCAGCUUCACGCAGAUGCGAUUUUCAACGAUCAAAUUGUAAGAUUAGAUUUUUUAAUGACUGCAGCGCGAAUAUCUGAGCAUUAGCUGCAACUAAAUUGUUUUGUAAAAUAGACCAGCCUUUGAGCUGUGUUGUGGAGAAUCUCUGUUUUUUCCGAAUGCUGCGGCCCUGACUUGGACAGACAGGGUUCACCCUGGUCAAAGUCAAAGUACUUUGUUUACCCUUAAAUUUAUUUGUCCAAGCGUUGUUUUGCAGCAAUUGGGGGGCCGUAUUUUGAGACUUGAUUUGCGCGGUUGGGCCUUUUGGCGCGGCUAAACCAGUUUGGUCGCGUGCGUUUUUAACUUUGCAUUUAUAAUUUCGCCGCUCUUUCGGUUCAUUUGUAGGUUCACGUUGGAUUUCGUCCCUUGUUCCACUUUGAACCCUUGUUGUACUAGUGAUGACACACGCAUACACUUACACACGAACACACACGAUAUUUUUCUAUUUAUUUUUUAAAAUCGACAAACUUGUCAAAGCGAAGAUGCAAGGGAACCAAUUUCAUCACGCAAAUUAGCCAAACAAAAAUAUUCGCUGUUGAUUAAUCAUGUGUAUAAAGUGUGGACCUCUGAAUAAUCCGACGAAAUUGUUACGCGAUUGGCAACCUACCCAGCAAAGUAUCUCUCAUCAUGUUUUAUUUUUGUUUAUUUAGGAAGUUUCUGUAUAGAUUUUUUGACAAAAUAAAAAAGUGCAAAUAA